CUGACUUGACAGUGACGCCGCCGGUGUGAGAGUGUCACUCAAGUCCCGUCCGUCGGCCCCUUGACCUCGUCUUCCCUCUCCUUUUUUUUUUCUGCUGUUCCCCUUCCUUGCGAUCGCCGCCAUGGCCAAGCGGAUCCUUCGCCCAGCACUCUCGGCUGCAAGGCGUCUCAUUCUCCGAGCCAGCCCUCGGCUCGACCUGCCCCUUUCCUCGUGUUCCUCGCCGCCCUCCUGCUUCUACUCCUCCUUGGUCUUGGCCCAGCCUUGGAGGGGUGAAUCUGGAAUUGGGUCCUCCUUGUUGGGAAAAGCAUUCGUCGGUGUCGGUGCUGGUGGGAUCCAACAACGGGCAACUUUAACCAGUCUGAGCAGCGUCACCCGCAGAGUACAAGCACCACCACCAGCUCCAGCACGCCAACGACAGCUCCGGUCCGAUGCAGGCCCUCCGCUCGGCUUCCGGCGGACGCUAUCUUUAUGUUUGCUCCUGUCCAUGCGAAUGUUCUCGUCCGCAACUGCCACUGCCACUGCCUCUGCAUCUGCAUCUUCACUCCCUUCCCUCGCCUCUACUUGCCUCCCUCUUCAUCAAGCCUCGCCGCUAGAGUCCUAUAGCUCCAACCGGUCUUAUUCUUCCUCUUCCUCUCCCUCCUCCUCCUUCUCUCGUUCAGACGUAGUUGUAGAUUCCAACGACACCUCUACAUUUCCGACUACAGCAGACAAGAUGGGCUCUCUUCCUGGUGCUAUUCCCCCCUUCAAGGUCUUCGUCAUCGGAGGUCUUUCCUACGCCGGUGUCUCUACCACCUUGAACCUGCUCGACCUGAGCAGCGGCAAGUCGCCUCGUCUCGCUCACAUUCCCUACGAGCACCACCCAGACUUCAAGAACGUCCCCGUCGAGAUCACCCUCGUCGACGAGCGUGAUGGCUUCUUCCACCUAAUCGGCUCCCCCCUCGCCUUCGCCGACUCCAAAUACGCAGCAAAGUCCUGGGUAAAGUUCGAGGACAUCGCCUCCCUCCAGCGCCCCAACGUCCGCUUCGUCCAGGGCUCCGUCUCCAAGGUCGACCCGGCCACGAAGACGGCCACCGUCCUCGACCACGCCACCAAGCAGCCCCAGGACUUCUCCUACGACUUCCUCGUCGCCGCCUCCGGCCUCCGCCGCGUCUUCCCCGUCGUGCCCCAGUCCCUCACCCGCAAGCAGUACCUCCUCGAGGCCGAGGAACAGAUCAACGCCGUCCGCGACGCCCCCGACGGCGUCGUCGUCGUCGGCGGCGGCGCCGUGGGCAUCGAGAUGGCCGCCGAGCUCAAGCUCGUCGAGCCGGACUCCAAGGUCACCUUGGUGCACUCCCGCGACAAGCUCCUCUCCUCCGAGGGUCUUUCGGACGAGUGCAAGGACAAGGCUCUCGAGCUCACGCGCGAGGCGGGCGUCAACGUCCUCCUGAACCACCGCGUGAAGGAGACGCGCAAGCUCGACCCCUUGCCCAACGGCCGCGCCCGCCACGAGAUCGAGUUCACAAACGGCGACAAGCUCGUCGCCUCCGAGGUCGUCAUGGCCAUCUCCCGCAGCGUCCCCUCAACAGACUACCUCCCCGCCGCCGCCAAGGACGAGGAGGGCUACGUCAAGAUCCACCCCAACAUGGUCCUCAAGGGCGACGGUAACGUGCCCAACGCCGAGGACCACAUCAUCGUGGGCGACAUCUGCCUCUGGCCCGGCAUCAAGCGGUGCGGCACGGCGAUGCACAUGGGCCACUACGCCGCCAUCAACGCGCACCAGCUCAUGCUGGCCAAGCUCACGUCGGGGGCGCACAAGCCCACGUUCUCGGAGCUCGGCCCCGUCGAGCCCAUGAUCGGGCUGGCGAUUGGGAAGAAGGCCGUCGCGAGCGGGCCCGUUGUGGGGACUACGUGGGGUGAGGAUGUCAUGCACGCGUACUUUAGAGACGACCUCGGCUUUACCAUCUGCUGGAACCACCUCGGUCUCGGAAGGGCCCCCGACUCUUGACUCUUGAGUUGUUUAUGAAUUUUAAAAAAAAUACAUAAAAUGGAUUUUAAGGGUUUUUUCUUGGGUUUCAAAGGUGUUCUUGGGAGUACAAUGAUGACGACG